CUUAAGUGAACCUCAAAGACAUGUAUUUUCUUGACUUCCCCGUCCAUUGAAGCAGCCGCUGUGCCAGAAAACGCCAAAACUCAUUUUUCAACCAAUCAAAGUUUCGAUUUACCCUUUGAGAUCUCCGUAAUUGACACUGAUUACUCUGUGAAUCAUCCUGAAUAUUUGCCAUCUACAAAUGCUCUCAAUUUGAUUGAGCGUUUUUGCUGAAUUAAAUUGUCUUGUCCAGUUUUUGUUCAAUUGGGAAGACAUGGAGAGCAUGUUGCCAACGACGUCGUUUUCGUCAAAAUCAGAAAGGAGAUCAAAAUCAAAGUCAAUUCAAACAUCUAAACCUUCAUUAGUUAUGGCAUUAAUAUCCUGCUUCGCUUGGUUAUAUGUCGCUGGCAGGUUAUGGCAAGAUGCAGAGAAUAGAGUGUUGUUAGCUAGUCUUUUGAAGAAGAAUUCUGAGCAGAGACCAAAGAUGCUGACAGUGGAAGACAAGCUAAUGGUUUUAGGAUGCAAGGAUCUGGAGAGGAGAAUAGUUGAAGUUGAAAUGGAAUUAACAGUGGCUAAGAGUCAAGGUUACCUCAAGAAUCAGUUGAAACAGAGUGGUUCAUCUUCAGGCAAACAACUUCUGGCUGUUAUAGGAAUUUAUACGGGAUUUGGAGGUCGAUUGAGGAGAAAUGUGAUCAGAGGGUCUUGGCUGCCAAAUGUUGAUGCUUUGUCAAAACUUGAAGAAAGAGGAGUGGUCGUGCGAUUUGUAAUUGGUCGGAGUCCCAACCGAGGUGAUAGCUUGGACCGCAAUAUUAAUGAGGAGAAUCAAGCGACAAAAGAUUUCUUGAUUCUAGAAAGUCAUGAGGAAGCUCAGGAGGAAUUGCCCAAGAAAGCUAAAUAUUUCUUUAGUUCAGCAAUACAAACUUGGGAUGCAGAGUUUUAUGUGAAAGUUGAUGACAACAUUGAUGUUGACCUUGAUGGGUUGAUUGAGCUCCUCCAAAAACGCCGUGGUCAAGAUAGUUCUUACAUUGGAUGCAUGAAAUCAGGAGAAGUAGUUUCGGAAGAGGGAAGGGCAUGGUACGAGCCAGAAUGGUGGAAAUUCGGAGAUGAAAAGUCGUACUUCCGACAUGCAGCUGGUUCAGUUCUGGUGCUUUCCAAAAAUUUGGCUCAGUACAUUAACAUAAACAGUGCUUCAUUGAAGAGUUAUGCACAUGAGGAUAUAUCAAUUGGAUCAUGGAUGAUGGGUCUUCAGACAACUUACACAGAUGACAGCCGCCUAUGUUGUAGCACCUCCGGCCAAGACAAGGUGUGCUCAUUGGCAUGAACAGGAAUGAUGUCACUCCAUUUCAUCUUGCUGUGACAGCUUUUCCAUUCGUUUGUAUUGGAGCAUCCCAUAACUCAAAAUGGAAACAUCCUGUUUCUGCCUCAGGUACCAUUGACAUUCUUGCUGACGUAAAUCGGCUAUUAUAUAUGUGGAGUGGGCAAAAUUCUUUUAUAUGAUAUGUACACUACUAUUGGACUAGAGAAUGUAAACUCGGAGAACUUUAGUUGAUUAAAGAUGGAGAUAUUUGUGGAUAGAGCUUUGACGAACUGAUUAAAUCAGCGGAACAUGAUUUUGUCCGUGCCAUGAUCAUAUUCUUAUAUACUAUUGAUCAGGGAAGAGGGACAGGUCACCGUCAGUAGUCAGUACUAACAUAAAUUGGAUGUUAUGUGAUUUAAUAACGUUACAUGUGA